AUGUCGGGCUCAUCUUCGGGUUUGCAAGGCGCAGCGGGGAUGGUCAGGAAGAAGCUCGGCAACUUUGUCGGGUUCGCCAACUUGCCAGAUCAGGUACACAGGAGGAGUGUCAGGCGUGGUUUCCAGUUCACCGCCAUGGUAGUCGGCGAAUCCGGGUUGGGUAAAUCCACCCUCAUCAACACCUUGUUCGAGAACAAGCUGUUUGACCUGGAACAACGGUCCAGAAACGCGGCUCCUCCUCCAGGGACGGAGAGGGGAAGGACGGUCGGUAUCGAGAGUCUCAGCUCGGAUAUCGAGGAGAAUGGAGUCAAGUUGAGAUUGACGGUAGUAGACACUCCGGGAUAUGGAGAUUUCAUCAACAACGACGAUUCCUGGAAACCUAUCGUCGACAACAUCGAGGCUCGGUUCGAUGCUUAUCUCGAACAGGAGAACCGGGUCAACCGGGCAAAGCUGAUCGACAACAGGAUUCACGCAUGCAUCUACUUUAUCCAACCUACCGGUCAUUCCUUGAAACCCCUCGAUAUCGAGUUUAUGCGACGUCUGCAUACCAAGGUCAACUUGAUCCCCGUGAUCGCCAAGGCCGACACGCUCACGGAUGACGAGGUGACCGCUUUCAAGCGAAGGAUCUUGGACGAUAUUCAUCACCAUCAGAUCCAGAUUUUCCAGCCGCCUGUGUAUGAGAACGAGGACGAGGAGACUAUCGCAGAAAACGAGGAGAUUCUGAGUAAGGUCCCAUUUGCUAUCGUCGGCUCCGACACCGUUGUCUCAACUGCCGACGGUCGACACGUCCGAGGUCGUGCUUACCCCUGGGGAACGAUCGAGGUCGACAAUGAGGGUCACUGCGAUUUCGUCAAGCUCCGCCAGAUGUUGAUUCACACCCAUAUGGAAGAGUUGAGGGAACACACCAACGAUGUCUUGUAUGAAGGCUACAGGAGUGAAAAGUUGAUCGCUAUGGGUGUCAACCAGGAUUCGAGCGUCUUCAAGGAGAUCAACCCGGCUGCCAAACAAGCGGAAGAGCGAAAGCUGCACGAGGCCAAGCUUUCCAAGAUGGAAGCCGAGAUGAAGAUGGUUUUCCAGCAAAAAGUCCAGGAAAAGGAGAGCAAGCUCAAGAUUUCCGAAGAAGAGCUUUACGCGCGUCACAAGGAGAUGAAGGACGCGUUGGACAAGCAGAGGAUGGAGCUCGAGGACAAGAAGAGGAGGAUCGAAAGCGGUCGACCGCCUACGCCCGACAAGUCUGGCACCGUAAGUUCGGAUGGAUGA